UGAGAUGUGAUGCGACAGCGUACUAUGAUAACAGUAAUCUUGAGAUGGAAACGAAUUACAACCAUAUAAUGAAUACGAACUCAAAAUUUCAUAUAUAUCUUGACAGAUGAAACUGAACGAGCCAACUUCACUGAAUAGUUUGCGUGGAUAACAAUGGCUUCUAUUCUCUCUCUGCCUUUUUCUUCUGCUUCCACUGUUGGAAGCUGGUGGAGGAGUCAAACCUGUGCCGCAAGUUACUGUUCAAGUUCUUACCAGACAAAAGCAUCAUGGUACAAAACUGAGAAAAUUCAGAAUGCAUGUUCUACAGUGAGGCAGCAGCAGCAGCAUGAUUUGAAGCAUCAUUAUAGAGGUAUUGAGACAUUAAGCAUAAUUUCUGUGUCUCUUCUAGCAGUGGAAAAAUUAUCAGAUAUUUCUCCCGCAUUUUUUGUUGGUUUGUUGGAGGCCGUCACAGCUGCACUGUUUAUGAACGUUUAUAUAGUUGGAUUGAAUCAAUUAUCCGACAUUGAGAUAGACAAGAUAAACAAGCCUUAUCUUCCGUUGGCAUCUGGGGAAUAUUCUUUUGAAACUGGUGUUAUUAUCGUAGCGUCAUUUUCAAUUAUGAGUUUUUUGCUUGCAUGGCUAGUAGGUUCAUGGCCAUUGUUUUGGGCUCUUCUAAUCAGUUUUGUGCUAGGGACUACAUAUUCAAUCGAUUUGCCCCUGUUGAGAUGGAAGAGAUUCGCAGUGGUUGCAGCCAUGUGUAUCCUAGUUGUUCGGGCAAUAAUAGUUCAGUUUGCGUUUUUCCUUCACAUGCAGACCUAUGUGUACAAGAGGCCAGCUAUGUUUCCAAGAUCAUUGAUUUUUGCUACAGCAUUCAUGGGAUUCUUCUCUGUAGUUAUAGCAUUGUUCAAGGAUAUCCCUGACAUUGAAGGAGAUAAAAUGUUUGGCAUUCGAUCUUUCUCAGUGCGUUUGGGUCAAAAGCGGGUAUUCUGGAUUUGUGUUUCACUUCUUGAAAUGGCUUAUGGAGUUUCCCUUUUGCUGGGAGCAGCAUCUUCCUGCCUAUGGAGCAAAAUCAUUACGGGUUUGGGGCAUGUUCUUCUAGCUUCAGUUCUUUGGUAUCGUGCUAAGUCUGUAGAUCUGAAAAGCAAAGCUGCCAUAACAUCUUUCUAUAUGUUUAUAUGGAAGCUAUUUUAUGCAGAGUACUUUAUCAUACCUUUAGUUAGAUGA